CGCCAUUCACCAUUGGCGACGAACUUCACUAGAACGACAUUACGAUAGACUACUCCCACGGUCCAUGUCUCACUCGACGCUUCACCAGACUAUCGGGCGUCAUCGCCGCUUCCGGGCAGUGGUACGCAGAGAGCACGGGCAACGCUCCAUAUCGCGGUGGCGAUUUCAAAGCGCGCGGUCGGUUCAACAUGGCAUUCUUUCGAAUACGAGGGCAGGACGUGAAGGAAAGCGCCAUGGCGCUCUCUCCGCGGCAGGUACAGUGCGUUGGGAGGGCAUGUCGAGCAUGUGCUCGCAAUCACGCGCAGCACCGGGAUGGCGAGCGCGGCGAGCACGGCCAGCCAUAUGCACGGAAGUUUCCAUGGACAUUCACCGUCUUUCUUGUGUUGCCUGCCUAUCUACAGUAUCUACAGGCCUGCCUAUCGUUCUUUUGCUCAAUCUAUGCAGUCUAGUCGCCCGCCAGAGCUUCUAUCCCCUAUCUUCAACAUCAUCAUUACCCCCUCUCAUAGGCCCCUUACAUUCCCCCUCAGCGCAUUCACCUCCCCGGCCGCAACAGGAAGGAUCUUCCCUCUGCGCGACCAUACACCGUCCGCACAGCGGCCCCUCUCACGAACCGUUGACUUGCGCACCAGAAACGCUGCGCAAGCCCCGUGACACGGCAUCAGCAAGCGCGGGACACGGCUGAUCACGCAGUCGGACGAAGUCGUCUGAGCUGAAGUUCGGUGACGGGCGCUUGGGUCGUCGACUGUUGUACGGGUGCGCAUUUACCCCGCUUUCUUGUCAUAUCAUAUCAUGUGGCCGGCGAGCGGAGCGUGGCCCUUGAUACUGUUGAGGCGGCGAAGGACGGGUCGGGGCUGUCUGUGCGAGUCGUGUGGGUGGGAGUGCAAAAGGGAGGACGGGAGUGCGGCUCGGCUUUGAGGCGGCCGGUAGUCGCCGAUGAUCAGGGUGUACGGGGGAUUAUUGAUUGA